GGCCCAUCCGCAUCAGAGCAGCCCCGCAUUGUCGCGCAUUCUGCUGGAUCCGAGUUCCAACAGACCACGGGCUCUUUGCUCGACGUCGAAGCGCCCCAGGUCAAAACCCACAAUCUGUUGCAGGCCCUCUGCAGGCACUUGGCUGCCAGACUGCAUGCUAGACCUGGCAGCAGCAGAGGACCGAAAUGGGGUGCCCACCGGCCUUUCUCUUCGUUGUGAGGCACGGUUACCGACUCGAUGCUGCCGACAAGCAAUGGCACCUCACGUCGCCCACCCCAUACGAUCCCCCACUGACAUAUAGCGGCUGGCAGGCGGCGAAGAGCCUGGGCGUCAGGAUAGGCGCAAUAAUACGGGAGAGGGCGCUCGAGGACGAAGCUGUGGCCAAACAGGCAUCAGACCCCUCGCUCAGGCGGAAACGCAAGAGAUACAAGGUCGUCCUGCACAGUUCGCCCUUUUUGCGGUGCAUCCAAACUUCGAUCGCUAUCAGUGCCGGCCUAGCACAGGACUCAACGCCCUUCGGACCGGCGAAGUCCGACUCUAGACCCCCUUCGCCCCCGGCUACUCAAACCCCGCCCCUUACGAGACCAACAGUUGUCACGGAUGUUCGGGACAUAGGAAGGCCAGCUGGGGCUGUGCCCAUUCGGAGAUCCGUCUUACGUCUCGACGCAUUUCUGGGCGAGUGGCUUUCGCCCGGUUACUUCGAGCUCAUCACCCCACCCCCCGAGUCCGUGAUGAUGCUAGCUAGUGCAAAGGCGGACCUACUUAGACGCGAGGACUACACCAGCAAUCCCAACUUUAGCGCCCAUUUCCACUCCAACUCGCAGGGCCAUCUUUGGAGUCCGGGCUCGUUGCCAACCAGCGGCUCCACCGACUCUCCCGAAAGCGCGACUAGCCUGAGCGGGUCACUUUCGCGGAGUGCAAGCCUCAGCAGCCCGAGCGGCGGCCAACGGAUUUCGUCAUCACUGCCUACCGGUGCGUCCGGCUACAUGUCUCCAGUCCCGCACUACGCUGUGAAUGGCAACCAUACCAUCCCUCCAGGAUACGUUGCCCAUGCCCGCGACUCCUGCGUCGACAUCGAUUACCAGUGGGACUCGAUGAGGAGUCCGCUCAAUUGGGGAGAUGGCGGCACGUUUCCAGAGGAGUGGACUUCUAUGCACAGAAGAUUCCGUGCAGGAGUUCAGCACCUCGUCGAUUGGUACUCGACGGUGGACAAUCCGACGGAUAUGGUGACCAAGACUGCCAUACGUCGCAGGAAAAACUCUGACGAAUGCGCCAUAGACGAUGGAGAUGAGGUGGAAACAGAGGCAGUUGUCGUUCUGGUGUCCCAUGGCGCCGGCUGCAACGCAUUGAUUGGCGCGAUUACUCACCAGCCUGUCCUGAUGGAUGUGGCGAUGGCGUCGCUAACAAUGGCGGUCCGGAAGCCGGGGUUUGGACCGUUUGAGGACGGGAAAGCGGCGCGCGGCGCUGAGCGUCCCGUGACCAGCUCGGUAGAGGGCGUGAAGGAGACUGUGCCGAUCCAUCAGUAUUACGACCUGAAAAUGUUUGCUAAUACCGACCACAUCCGGUCGCCCUCGUCCACGCCCCAUUCUUCAAGGUCUCCAUCGGUGGCAAGUAUCGUCGGCGGAACCCGAGGACGCUACUCAAACUCGUUCUCGUCCUCUCUGAGCAACUUUCCGUUAAACGAAAACUCUGUCAGCAGGUCUUCGUCGGCCAAUGCCGCGCUAUCGAGCCUUCGAAGGGGAUCUAACACUUCCUCGAGGCCAGCAUUUGGCGUGAGCAGUGGGAACGGCAACGGCAGCGGCAUCACGGUUGGAAGUGGCGUGACAUCUUUUAAAAUCAAGUCCCCAAGCUUUUCCUCGCGGAAGCCUCCGGUGGGGCUCUGGUCUCCUAUAUCGGCGGACACUCCCGACGAUGAAGACGAGGACGACGAUGACAUACUGUUGAACUUUAGCCAUGAACAAGACGCCCAUGCAUCUACGGCAGCUUCGUCGAUGCCCGCCACAAACUGUAGCACUGCCGGCACACCACCAUCGGUGCCUCGGGACUCGGAGUUUGGGCCGCGUGCCGUUACAAAUAACGACGCUGCUGAAGACCUUGGGUCCCCCAGCGCCUUAUCAGACUCCCCGCAGAGAUUCCCAGAGCUCGGCGGAGGUCAGGGUGGGCUCUGGGGUGCUGGGCCAUCGCCGGUAGAUGAAGUCGAGCGACGUGACUUUGCGUCUACAAAACGUCGUUGGACAAUCACUGAGCGGAGCUAGAUCCAGACGAAGUGAGUCAGGUGUCUAUUCAAUCAGAUAUGGGGGAGUUCAAACAAGAUCGAGUUCUGUCUCCACGAAUGAGAGACAACAGGUUGCCACUUAGAUGAGAGAGCCCAGCCUAGAAGGGUGUCCUAGACCACAUCGCCGGUGGAAUGGGUUUCAAGAA